AUUUUCGUACUUUGAAGGCGCGAGAACAUCUCUCUCUCUCUGUCUCUCUCUCUCUGUGUUUCUUUUGAUCAAAUGACUUCUACCAUAUGAUUUUGAGUCAAAACGAUGUCCAUGUCUCAUUGUAUCAACUCACUUACAAAAAGAAAAUUUAUUAGUUUAGUGCUAUACACAGAAUCGACUUUACCCAAAAGAGAAGUGAAGUUGAUGUCAAACUUUUCGAGUUCAGUUCGGCUUGUAGUUGAUCAUAAUGAUGCCUUCAUCUUCAGUUUUUGCUCCAUUUUUGGCUCAUUGUAUGAUCUCACGUACAACACAACCAUACUUACCAAGUCAUUGACUUUUCGAGAUCACGUUCACACGCUCCUAAUCUUUUUCCAACUCCCGGUUCUUUCACGAGGAUGCUAGCUAGGAAUCUCGGUCAAGGGGUAGGCUUGUCUGGGGAACCCAUGAUCAACGGUUGAGAUUGCUCCCAAUGCACGGAUCUAGGUUCGGAGAAGGUUUUCUAGCUCCAUCCAGAUAUAACUAAUGCAACAAACCCUCCUCGUCGUUGCUGCUGUCGUCACCUAGGAAGCAUAUGCGAGGAAGUUGAGCAUGGAAUCUUGGAUCCGCACUUAUUUAUUGUGAUCAUCUGACGUGCAAAAGAUUUGAGCAAGAUACUUAAAACCAGUUUAAAGCCAAAUCCUUCACUUUCCUAGGACCCUCAAUGGAAACGCCCCUAGUUUUAUUUAUGGGCACAUCGCCCUAUUUUGAUCUGAUCGUUGACAUGAACCGAAGACUAGCUCAAGAAACAAGAGACAUUACUUUACAUCAGUGCCCAGAAAUUUCAUAGUCAGCACUCACUUAAUUAUUGCUUGCAAUUGGAGCUAUACUUUCAUAAAGCUCACUCCAAUGCAAUGAAUUCCUCUCCUCUCCCAUAUCCUACGUCUUGCUAAAAAAUCUAGCAACUGUUCCAAAACAAACAAACCGAACCAGGCAUUAAUGGAUAUGAAGGUGGAGAUCAUCUCUAAAGAGACUAUCAAACCGUCCUCUCCGACCCCUGCCCAUCUCCGGCGCUUCGCUUUCUCCUUCUUUGACCAGUUCGCUCCAUCUGUUUACAUCCCGCUGGUCCUCUUCUACGCCGACACUCCUGGUGAUGGACCUGAGAUCCACGAAAUACCGGGGAGGAUGAAGUCGUCGUUGUCGGAAACCCUAGCUCGUUUCUACCCGUUUGCAGGUAGGAUCGUGGACAACCUGUGCGUCGACUGCACGGACGAUGGUGCAGACUAUUUCGAGGCUCAAGUGACAGGGAUCGGCAUUCGAGAGAUCCUGCAGUCACCAGACCCGGACGUGCUGAAGCUGUUCCUUCCCGUGGACAUCGACUUGCCGGAAUCGUUCCACGGUCGUUUGAUGUCUGUCCAGUUGAGCUUCUUCAACAGCGGAGGAGUCGCAGUUGGGAUUUGCGUGUCGCACAAGAUUGCGGACACGUCGACUCUGAGCUCGUUCCUCCACAGUUGGGCGGCUGUGGCUCGUGGUGGAGACUCAGUGGUGGCCGAGCUGCCAGGUCCAGAUUUAAGUACCGCCUCGACUCUCUUCCCUCCUUCUGAGGCUCUGAGAAGCCUCCGCCCAGCAAAGAUGCUGAAGCAGAAGUGCCAGUCGAGGAGGUACUGCUUUGGGCCGGCAGAGAUUGCGGCUCUCCAAGCUAGAGCGGCGAGCGCCAUCGCCGCUCAGCCCACUCGAGUGGAAGCCAUGUCGGCUUUCAUAUGGAAAUGCGCGAUGGAAGCUGCUGCGUCCUCCGGACGCUCUCUUCUCGCGCAAACUGUGAACAUCCGAAAGAGAACGGAGCCGUCGCUCGCUCCGAGCUCCGUCGGAUGCUUGAUCAGCUACUUCACAGCAAAGGUACAUGAAAAGGACGAGCAACAAGAGAAAGAUCUCCUUCCAAUGCUAGUGGUUAAAAUGAGGGAGGGAAUGGAGGAUUUCCUCGAAAAUUACGCGAAAAAACUCGGUGGGUUGGAGAGCUUUUCAACGAUGUGCGAAUUGAAUAAGAGAGCGGGAGAGUUGGUGACGACGCACAGGCCGAGCUUCUACUCGGUCACGAGCUGGUGCCGGUUCGGAUUUUAUGAAGUCGAUUUCGGGUGGGGAAGGCCGGAUUGGACGAGCAUAUGCAGCUCGGAGUACAAGAACGUGGUGGUGUUGAUGGACGCAAGGGACGGCCUAGGAGCAGAGGCGUGGGUCACGCUGGGCGAGGCCGAGAUGGCGGUGUUUGAGAAGGAUCAGGAUCUGUUGCGAUACGCCGCUCCUAAUCCGAGCGCCUGGCCCGGUCCGUUCGAGCCAUAAAGGAAUCGCGAUUCUUUGCCGAAGCACCGAUCGGCGAGAUAACCGGAGCAGGUGCGCCGAAACCUCUUUUACAGAAAUAAAAUUCAAUCCCCAUCCCUCGUGUCCAUCAACACGAACAUGUCUAGGAGGCCCUAUCUUCGGAAUGCCGAGUAGAGCUAAAAUUGUGACGAGAUACAAUGUUCAUGUUUUAUGUAUGAACCUGUUCCUUGAGGUUGAUCAUGUGAAGUCCAAGGUUUGGAUUAAGGAGA